AUGCUGUUCUCUAAUGUUGUGAACCUGGCAACACUGGGCAAGGGCGAACAUAAGAACUUGUUGCGCCAGCUUGAUCGGAAGUCCAACACCCUUACGGAUAUAUCGCGUCAAUUUAUGCACAGGGCGCAGUCGUUGAAAAUCAUGAGCUUUAUUGAACAGCAGGUCGAACGUCCUCUGAACACUCUGGUGCGGUCGUUCCUGUUCCCAUCGAGUCCACAGUCAUCUAAUCCUAUUCAGGUUGUCCCCGAAUACUCAGCCAUAUUAGGUCUCCCCAAUGAGAUGAUAAUUCCCCUCAAAGCCAGUCAUCGCAGCCUUAGCCACUUCCCCGUGUUCAACAUCCACCGGUUCAGCAGCCGGCUUCCGGCCUCCAUGGUAGCCCAAGGCGGUAUCUUCUUCCCAAUGUAUCGGGAAGCAGCCAUCGGUGACAUAGAUAUGAUCAUGCGACGCAUAAAUUUGGUAGGACCAAAGAAAGGCCACACCCUUCGCGAGGAUCGACCAAAAUUGGUCGGAAAUCUUUGGAAAGAGGCCCCUGCAAUGCUAGAGCCACCGGAUCUUGUCGAGCUCACCGUAUUCCACCGGCAAGCUGAACAAUGGAAGUUCGAGGCUCGCACGGAAGACUGUCAGAAAACCGUUUCGCUAAAGGAUGAUGAUUUCGAAGAUAUCAUUGCCUUCUUUCAAGAUGCUUUUGCCAUACCCGCAAUGAGGCCGAUUCCAAUUUGA